AUGUUUCGUCAUUUUCUUGCAUUUCUGUUAAUAAAUUCGUGUUAUCAAAGUUUGGGUAACCCGAUCGAUCCCGUUGUUUCUACAAAACAGUUAUUAUCAAGUUCACUCGCGACGCUAGCAUCCAAAUGCGAAAAUACUAUUCUAAGCAAUCAAAUAGCAAGCAAAAUAAAAGAUUGUAAUAUAAUCGUGCCGCCUUAUAAGAAAAAACAAUUUCAAUGUUUAAUAUUCCUUGACAUAAGUACGCAAUUAUGCUCAGCAAAAGUAGUGGUAAACGAAGAAUCUCUAGCCAAAGUGAAUGAGAAACAGGAUGUAAACGCUGUUUGCGCACUGGCUAAAGAGUGGGUUUUUACAAAUGUGUCAGAGUUUGUGAACUACAAGGAAUCUGCUGAGAAGUACUUCAAGCUCCCUGCUACUUGUGGAGAGGUAUGUGGGGAAGAGGACACAAUGAACGAUGCCAACUACUAUUGUAAAUAUUACAAAUGGGGCUUGGAACAGUUGAAGGUUCAAGUUGAGUCUACAGUGGCAAAUAAUGCAAACAAUAAUGCAGUUGCACCACCAGCUGUUUCAGAGCAAGAUGUGAGUGCAAAGGCUGAUGUGCCUGCACCUGCUAGUAACCCAAUUAACCAGGAAGUGGAAACGAAAACAUGGAAUGGACAGAUAAAGCAGACUGACCCAGCAGUAAGUAAGUCAACUCAAAAGAUUGAAGUUGCAAGCUCUGACAUUGAGGUUGUGAAGCCUGAGACUGUAGCUAGUAAUGAUCCUUCUAAGCAAUCAUUGAACAGUGAGAUUGCAGACAGUGUACCAAAGAAUGAAGAAUCAGAUCCCAAUGUGGACAGAAUGGAGGAUCCUGUUAUAGCCCCACCAGAGAAUAUCAUUCCCAGUAACAACAGUUCCACCAAAACAGUUGUAGUUAGUGAAGAGAAACCUGUCCUCGCAAAUGAUCCGUCCCUUCCCGAUACUAGUAAAAAUCUGCCUGUCAGCGAUAAGAAACCUGAUGCUGUACUUGAAAACCCAAAAGCAAAACCUGUGCCUGAUACGGAUGAGUAUGCAGACUCAGAUGGCAAUGACAAUGUGGGCGAUGAGGAAGCCGAAGAUCCUGGUUUGGAUAUCAAGUCAGAACAAGACACAGGAAACCAGCAAACAUUUAUCAGAAACAAGAUAUUAGUGCCUGCUCAUGAAGCUGAAAAUUCACAAAAAGAUUUCUUCCCUAAUUCGAUGCCCGAUGGUUUCUCAGAAGAGGACAACGACCAUUUCUUCCCGUUCUUCAUGACGUCUGUUGUACUCAUGGUCUUGCUGUACGUCCUGUACCAUAACAAGAGCAAAGUUAGCAAAGUGUUCUUCGGCUUAAUACUGGAAGGACGACAAAGCAGUCGCCGUCGCAACAGCCGAGGUCAUGCUUACCGCCGCUUGGACACCCUGGAACAAGCUAUGAGCGCCAACACCGCUGCACCGCCCAGCAAGAUCAUAUACUAA